UUGAAACCGAAAUGGCUUCUUUUUCUCUUCUUUCGAAGUGCACGACUUAGGGUUUAAGAUGAUGCCUUCUUUACUCCACCUAGUGCACUUCUACCUGUGUUUCUGACAGGAGGCGGUUUGGACGCGGCCAGGAUACUGUCAAGAAGGAAGUUUGCUUCACUUUUCAGUUUAACUGGAAAUCUGUAUCACAAGACUCAUUAUGUCUGAGUGGCAGCUGGAGCACCAGUGAUCCUGUGACGCCUCUAAAGCCAGAUCUUCUGUCCCGGAUCAGGAAGGAGGAAAGCAGAUGGAGAACGGCGGCUUUUAUAAUGACAACUACAGCAGUGGAAGCAGUGAUGAUGAUCUGGUUGACCUCAGUGCCACUGAUCACGGUCUCCUUGAAGAUCUACCUAAUGACGAGAACAACCACGGCCAAGGCUACAGCACAGGAAGCCGAGGUCAGAACGGCACCGCUAAGCUGCUGGAUCUGUUAGAUGACGGGUUGCACGGGGUGGGAACGUAUGAUGAUUUCAACACCAUUGACUGGGUGAGGGAGAAAUCCAAGGACCGAGACCGGCACAGAGAGAUCAGCAAGAAGAAGAACCAGUCUGUACUGGACCUUCUCUUGAGUGUGAGUGAUGCUUUCUCUGGCUGGCUCCUCAUGCUCCUCAUCGGCCUCAUGUCUGGUGCAUUAGCUGGAGGCAUAGACAUCUCAACUAACUGGCUAACAGAUCUGAAAGAGGGAAUCUGUCUGAAAGGCUUCUGGUUCAACCAUGAGCACUGCUGCUGGGACUCCCAAGAGACCACCUUCCAGGAGAGAGACAAAUGUCCGCACUGGAAGAGCUGGGCCGAGCUUACGGUGGGAGUCGGUGAGGGGGCGAGUGCCUACGUGGUGAACUAUCUGAUGUAUGUAACCUGGGCCCUGCUCUUCUCCUACCUGGCUGUGGCCCUCGUCAAAGCCUUCGCCCCGUACGCCUGCGGCUCAGGAAUCCCUGAGAUAAAGACCAUCCUAAGUGGGUUUAUAAUCCGGGGCUACUUAGGAAAGUGGACUCUAGUGAUAAAAACCAUCACUCUGGCGCUGGCUGUGUCUUCAGGCCUUAGUCUGGGGAAAGAAGGCCCGCUGGUGCACGUGGCCUGCUGCUGCGGAAACAUCCUCUGCCAUCUUUUCACUAAGUACCGCAAGAACGAGGCCAAGAGGAGGGAGGUUUUGUCGGCAGCCUCCGCUGUGGGCGUGUCUGUAGCUUUUGGAGCUCCUAUAGGAGGCGUGCUCUUCAGUCUGGAAGAGGCCUGCCAAAAAAGACCAUCAAACGCAGGGGUGCAGAUCCGAUGUCAGGAUUGGGGGAGACACAAAAGUGAUUUUUUUUUUUUUGCCCGUAUGCAACUCAUACCAUGCAACCAUAAAUUACAACUUCGUAGAGGCUCGCCACAUCAUUCAAAAAAAAUUGUGGGGGGGGUCAUGUCCCCCCCGGGAUCUGCACCCAUGAUCAAACAACUUCAGGUGAUUCAAAAUGCAGCGGCGAGGGUUCUCACACGAACAAAAAGAACAGAGCACAUUACUCCAAUUCUAAGGUCCCUUCACUGGCUUCCAGUCAGCUACUACUUCCCCUUAAAGACGCUGUGGCGUUCAUUCUUCGCUGCUCUGGUGGCUGCCUUCACCUUACGCUCCAUCAAUCCCUUUGGCAACAGUCGACUUGUCCUCUUCUACGUGGAGUUCCACACCCCAUGGCACCUGCUGGAGCUCUUCCCUUUUGUUUUGCUUGGUGUUUUCGGCGGCCUAUGGGGGGCGUUUUUCAUCCGUGCCAACAUGGCCUGGUGUAGACGGCGGAAAAACACCCGUCUGGGUCACUACCCUGUGUUGGAAGUGGUGCUGGUGGCUCUGGUUACAGCGCUGUUGGCCUUCCCAAAUAACUACACACGCAUGAGUGGCAGCCAUCUCAUCUCCGAGCUGUUCAAUGACUGCAGCCUGCUUGACUCCUCCCAACUGUGUGACUAUAUCACUCAAGUGAAGGAUGGAACAGUGAAUGCUAACUUAAGCCACGGUACUAACUUCAGCAACGGCCUGUUUGACCGAGCAGCUGGUCCUGGAGUUUACAUGGCCAUCUGGGAGCUGGCGCUAGCACUUGUCUUUAAGACUCUGAUCACUGUGGUUACGUUUGGCAUGAAGGUACCAUCUGGUCUGUUUAUUCCCAGCAUGGCAGUGGGUGCAAUUGCAGGCAGGCUGAUGGGUAUUGGCAUGGAGCAGCUAGCAUUCUACCACCACAACUGGUCCAUCUUCAAAAGCUGUUCAUCCAGCGCCAAAUGCAUUACGCCAGGCCUCUACGCCAUGCUCGGGGCUGUAGCAUGUCUGGGUGGUGUAACUCGGAUGACUGUGUCUCUGGUGGUCAUCAUGUUUGAGCUGACUGGAGGAUUGGAGUAUAUUGUGCCCCUCAUGGCAGCCACUAUGACCAGUAAAUGGGUGGCGGAUGCACUGGGCAGAGAGGGCAUUUAUGAGGCACAUAUCCGGCUGAACGGCUACCCUUUCCUCGAGCCCAAGGAGGAGUUUGAGCACAAGACCCUGGCCAUGGAUGUAAUGCGUCCACGGCACGCUGAUCCUCCACUUUCUGUGCUCACGCAGCGCGGCAUGACCGUGGACGAGGUGGAGGCAUUAAUAGCCGAUACGGCGUACAGCGGUUUCCCUGUAGUUGUGUCCCAGGACACUUGGAGGCUGGUGGGCUUUGUGCUGCGGAGGGACCUAGUUAUAUCUAUAGAGAAUGCACGGCACUGCCAAGAGGGUAUCGUGGGAGCAUCGCAGGUCCUCUUCACUGAACACAUUCCGGCUCAGCCUCAUGGUGGCCCUCCUCCACUCAGUCUACGCAACAUCAUGGACCUCAGUCCACUAGCCAUCACUGACCACACGCCCAUGGACAUCACAGUGGACAUCUUCCGCAAGCUCGGCCUACGCCAGUGCCUUGUCACGCAGAACGGGCGGUUGUUGGGGAUUAUCACUAAGAAGGACAUUUUGAAGCACAUGGCCCAGAUGACGAACCGAGACCCUGAGUCCAUCCUGUUCAACUGAGAAUCUUUUCCACACCACUCAGCAGGAGAGGCAUAAAAUCCCGUUCCAUCACAUGGACACACUUCCCAGACUGGAUCAUCCUAAUUACCUGGUGGAAAGUGUGUGUGUGUGUGUGUGUGUGUGUGUCAGCUAGGGACUUUUUGUGGAAAUGGCCUGAGGCUUUGUUGUAGCUGGAGAAGCCGAAUUGGACGACAUGCCUGGGCAGGAAGUCCUGUCUCCUAGAGGAUCUCUGCUUCUACAGCUUCUUCUGAAGCUGUCAGACACUUCACUGCUGACUGCACGUGUGUGUGUACACACACAGACACACACUGAUCCAGAUCUUCCUGUGAAUACUGACUUUGAACUUUGCCUUUUUUUUAAUCCUGCAUGUGUCAUUCCUGGAUUCUCUUUGAGGGACUCCACGGCAGGUGAAGGGCGUUUUUGGAAUGUCAUGCAUCUCUCUCUCUCUGACAUGCCUGAACUUGCCCAGGUCAGACAAUCACUGUGGGAAGUAGAUGAGGGAUGAGACUAAAGUGUAUCAUGUUAAAAAGUCACACACUCUGUCUUCCUCACACUCCGGCAGCCUGUCAGAUGCUCAUGCAGAUAAAAGCCAAAGGCAGUGUUGUGUUCGAGCUUUGCGUUAAUUUAAAGUGUCAGCAUCUGAAUGUGUGCGAAUGUGACUUGAAAUUGAGCAGCCGUCACGGUUACGCAUAUUGAAGGGAAUUAUUUGAGCCACUAUGGUCAACUUGAUAUGUUUACAUAAUUCAUAAAGAUUUCUUAAUGAGAUGCGGUCAGAUCUCUUUAGAUCAGAACUCAUUUGAGUUUUUCUGCCAUUUAGAUCAAAGCUGGUCAGUUUAUCUAAAAUGUAUGAAUUUUUUUUUUUUUCCAGUGUCGGUAUGUCCUGUGAUAGCCUUUCGAUCAUGCACUGUGUUGGGAAUUCUACCAUUAAAUUGUAGCGAAGUA